AUGCAUCUGACUUUCUUUCUUUCUUUUACAUUUAUCUUUCAAUCUUACCAUGUCCCGUUUUUCUUUUCUUUUCUUUUCUUUUCUUUUCGUUCUUUCUUUCUUUCUUUCUUUCUUUUUUUCUUUCUUUUUUUCUUUCUUUCUUGCAUGAUUCCUUGCUUUUUCAUUUUUGUUUUGGAGUUACCUUCAAUUUAUUUUUCUGUUGUAAUCACGGCUUUAUUGUGGUUUUGUCCUUUUCUUCUUUCUGUCUACAUACUCUCUUCACUUACACUUUCUUUUUUAAUUUUAUUUAUAAUUCUUUCAAGUUUCUUUCUCAUUCUCUUUUCCUUCUCCCUUUUCGCUUUACUUUACUCCCUAUUAGACGUCUUUCCUUCCUUUCUCUUUUCCGUCGCUUUUAACACAUUUUCCUUUUCUUUCUUUCUUUCUUUCUUUCUUUCUUUCUUUCUUUCUUUCUUUCUUUCCAUAUCCGCAUCAAAAUAUCUCACUUUUUCUCAUUCCUACUUCCUUUCCUUCUUUCUUUCCUUCUCUCUCUAUUUCUUUCUUUCUAUCCGCUUCAAUAUAUUUCGCGUUCUUUCUUUCUUUCUUUCUUUCUUUCUUUCUUUCUUUCUUUCUUUCUUUCUUUCUUUUCAUCCUAUCGUUUCCCUCAUGAUUUAA